AUGGCCUCUGCACGUCCGAGUACCGGUGACAGCGUCGCGGACAGAGGUCCAGGCUUAAUCACUUUGAUGUGGGCACUGACUGGAAUCGCGUCUUUUACCGUGGUACUCCGAAUCACUUUUCGCGCCCAAAGAAAGCUGUUCGGUUGGGAUGACCUGUUCAUGGUCAUUUCGAUGUUGUGCUUCAUCGGCUGGAGUAGCGUCUUGAACCUUUAUUCGCAGCACGGCGGAGUUCGACAUUUCCGGGAUGUCGGGGAACUUGGACCUGACAAAUUUGCGCUGGUGCAACUGCUCAACUGGACCAGCCAGGUUUUUGGCAUCAUAGGGGUUGCAGCAGGCAAGUUCUCUGUAUCCGCUCUGCUGUUGUCGAUCAUGAAAUCCACCGAGUUGAAAUGGCAACGCAUAUACAUGUGGACCUUCACCAUCGUCCUGGCGGGAGGCAUUGCGGUCUCCUGCUCCAUCCUUACGUUCGCUCAAUCAUACAACACGUUUGCCGACGCCGGUCUGGUAAUCCUCCCAGCGACGAUCUUCCUGAACGUGCAGAGUAACACAAUACAGGAAUGGCAACUCAGCAUCGUCUCCGCGCUCAAUAUCCUCACGUGUAUCUGCUCUGGCAUCAAGACACAAUUUCUCAGCGAGUUGUCCAACAGAGAAGAUCUCACCUGGGCGACUUAUGAUCUAUUCGCCUGGGUUACGGCCGAGCUGUUCCUGAUGAUUGUCUGCGGCACUAUCCCCACCCUACACCCUUUGCUCACGCUGUGUCGAUCGGUCCUCUCCGACCUCAAGAGCGCCUUCUUGGUCUCGAGAUCACAAGCCCAUAGCUCUGACAGCAACGAUGUGAAGUCAAUCGAACUUGGCACAGAAGGCCACCAUCUUGCGCACGUAAGCGCCCGAUCAGCGGUACAAUCGCACAGUGAGGGUUCGGAGGAGCUUGUUGGGAGACACGAGUGCUUGGGGGAAAUUGGACGGACCGAGUCAAUCCACAUCGAGAAGAGCUUCAGCGUGUGUCGGGGAUAA